CGGGGUUUAUUUGUUGUUGACACCUGAGGCCUCCUGCGCAUGCGCGUUCUGCAUUCUGAAGAAACGCUUGUGUCCAAACCGAAAGUAAAGACUCGAUCCUUAAGAAUGUAAAAUCUGUCAUAAAUAUCACAUUACGGUCUGAAGUCAGUUUCUCAUUAUGGAGAACAGAGAGAGCAGAGAGAGAUCUUCAUCUGCAGAACCCAGCUGUGUUUCUAUGAAGAGUGAUGGAUCCAUGUUUCAUCCUCCUGUAUUCAGUGAUGAAACAGUGACCUCUGACCCCAGUAUCUACAGGAUGAAGAGACAGAUAUCUUCAUCUCCAGAACCCAGCUCUGUGUCUAUGAAGAGUGACGGAUCAAUGUUUAUGCCUCCGGUAUUCAGUUAUGGAGCAGUGACCUCUGACCCCAGUUUCAGCAGAGUGGAUAUAGAUGAUCAGACUGGAGAUUCUCCUCAACCAAUGAAUGAUGAACUGCAGAGAGUCAAAGACCGACACAAAACCAGCAUGAAGAACAAGUAUGAGAGAUUAUUUGAGGGACUGAAACUCCAAGAGAAUGAAACCCUCCUGAACAGGAUCUACACACAGCUCUACAUCAUAGAGGGAGAGAGUGAAGGAGUGAAUGAGGAACAUGAGGUUUUACAGAUGGAGAAAACAGCCAGAACACAACACUCACAAGACACUCCAAUCUACUGCAAUGACAUCUUUAAAGCCUCACCUGAACCAGGACUUGAGGAGAAACACCAGAUCAAGACUGUUCUUACUAAAGGAAUCGCUGGAAUCGGAAAAACCGUCUCUGUGCAGAAGUUCAUUCUGGACUGGGCCGAGGGAAAAGCCAAUCAGGAUGUAGAUUUCAUAUUUGUGCUUCCAUUUCGAGAGCUGAACUUAAUCCGAGAUCAUCAGUACAGUCUUCACAGACUUCUGCUGGACUUUCAUCCUGAACUUCAAGAUCUGGACUCAAAGAUUUAUGAGGAGUGUAAAGUUGUGUUCAUCUUUGAUGGUCUGGAUGAAAGCAGAAUCACAUUGAUGUUUUCAGAUGAUCAGGAAGUUUCUGAUGUGACUGAGACUUCAUCAGUGGGUGUGUUGAUGUCAAAUCUCAUGACAGGAGAUCUGCUUCAUUCUGCUCUCAUCUGGAUCACCUCCAGACCAGCAGCAGCCAAUCAGAUCCCCUCCAGAUUCAUCAACCGUCUGACAGAGAUUCAGGGAUUCAAUGAGCCUCAGAAGGAGGAAUAUUUCAGAAAGAGAAUCAGUGACGAACAUCAAGCCAGCAGAAUCAUCUCACACAUCAGAAGAGCAAGAAGCCUCCACAUCAUGUGCCACAUACCCGUCUUCUGCUGGAUCUCAUCCACUGUGCUUCAAAAGCUCCUGAAAGAAGAUCUGAGUGCAGAAAUCCCUCAAACUCUGACUGAAAUGUACAUCCACUUCCUGCUGAUUCAGAUCAACAUGAGGAAUCAGAAGUAUGAAGAGAGAAAACCACAAAAACUCAUGAAAUCCAACAGAAAAGUCAUUGUGAAACUUGCUGAAGUGGCUUUCAAACAGCUGAUGAAGGGCAAUGUGAUGUUCUAUGAGGAGGACCUGAGAGAGAGCAGCAUAGACGUCACUGACGCCUCAGUGUAUUCUGGGAUUUGCACUGAGAUCUUUAAGGAGGAAUCUGUGAUUCAUCAGAGGAAAGUCUACAGCUUCAUUCAUCUAAGUGUUCAGGAGUUUCUCGCUGCUUUCUAUGUGUUUUACUGCCAUUUAACGAAGAACAAGGGACUACUGAAUGAAUUUAGAUUUUACAGAUCUGAUAAACACUCUCUGUAUAGGUUACUAACAUCAGCAGUAAAUAAAGCCCUUGAGAGCAAGAAUGGAGAGCUGGAUCUGUUCCUGCGGUUCCUGCUGGGCGUCUCACUGGAGUCCAAUCAGAGACUCUUACAGGAUCUACUGACACACACAGAGAAAAGCUCAGAGAACAUCAGAGAAACUACACAGUACAUUCAAAAGAAGAUCAAAGAUGGACGUGAACUCUCAACUGAUCAAUCCAUCAAUCUGUUUGUCUGUCUGCUGGAAGUGAAAGAUCAGACUCUGUCCAGAGAGAUUCAGGAGUUUGUGAAAUCAGACAAACACUCAGAGAAGAAACUCUCUCCUUCUCACUGCUCAACAAUCGCCUACAUGCUUCAGAUAUCAGAUGAGGUUCUGGAUGAAUUUGAUCUGAAGAAAUACAACACAUCAGCUGAGGGGAGAAGAAGACUGAUACCAGCUGUGAUCAACUGCAGAAAAGCUCGACUUGCUGGCUGUAAUCUCUCUGUUCAUUGCUGUGAGAGUUUGUCAUCAGUCCUUCAAUCCUCAAACUGUGUCCUGAGAGAGCUGGACCUGAGUUACAAUGACCUGCAGGAUUUAGGAGUGAAGCUUCUUUCUGAUGCACCGAAGAGUCCAAACUGUCAGCCGCAGAUACUGAGACUUGUUGGCUGUAAUCUCUCUGUUCAUUGUUGUAAGAGUUUGUCAUCAGCUCUACAAUCCCCAAACUGUGUCCUGAGAGAGCUGGACCUGAGUAACAAUGAUCUGCAGGAUUCAAGAGUGAAGCUUCUUUCUGAUGGAUUGAAGAGUCCAAACUGUCAGCUGCAGAUAAUGAGGUUGUCUGGCUGUAUGGUGACAGAGGAAGGCUGUGGUUUUGUGUCUUCAGCUCUGAGUUCAAACCCCUCACACCUGAGAGAGCUGGAUCUGAGCUACAAUCACCCAUCAGAUUCAGGAGUCAAGCUGCUUUUGGACAAACUGAAGGAUCCAAACUGUUCACUGCAGAUACUCAAUGUGGAUCAUGGAGGAGAGAUCAGGAUCACAGCAGGACUACGAAAGUGGGCCUGUGAUCUCACACUGGAUCCAAACACAGUAAACACUCGUCUCGUUCUGUCUGAGGAGAACAGGAAGGUGACGUUUGUGAAAGAGAAGCAGCCGUAUCCUGAUCAUCCAGAGAGAUUUGAAAAGUAUCUUCAGGUUCUGUGUAGAGAGAGUCUGACUGGACGCUGUUACUGGGAGGCUGAAUGGAGCGGAGGUGCUGAAAUAUCAGUGGCAUAUAAAGGAAUCAGCAGGAAAGGAGGGAGUGACUGUGUGUUUGGAUUAAAUGACAAAUCCUGGAAUCUGAACUGCUCUGGUAACAGAUUCAGUGUCUGGCACAAUAGGAGCAGGACUGUUCCACCUGCUGUCUGUUCAUCCUAUAAGAGAGCAGGAGUGUAUGUGGACGUGUUGGCCGGCACUCUGUCCUUCUACAGCGUCUCUGACACACACACACUCACACACUUACACACAUUCAACACCACAUUCACUGAACCCCUCUAUGCUGGAUUUACAGUUUAUAAUGAUUCAUCAGUGUCUCUGUGUCAGAUUAAAUAACACACACACACUUGUAAAUCCUCUUUCAUGUGUAGUUGUUUAUCUUCAUCUAAUUGUUUUGAUAGUAAUUCAUUUUUUAGGUUCAGAGCUAACCGUUCAACUGCUGGUGGGGCUUAAUAAUAAUAAUAAUAAUAAUAAUAAUUCCUUACAUUUAUAUAGCCUUUUUCUGAGUACUCAAAGCGCUUUACAUAUGGAAGGGAGAAUCUCCUCAACCACCACCAAUGUGCAGCAUCCACCUGGA